AUGGAACCACAGCCAAAUCCAAGAGGGGACUUGUCACUUGCCACAAUCCAACCCAUCUCCUACUACUCCAAAUCUGAUCCGAGUCUGGCAGGCUUCAAGCACCAUCGCAUCACCUCAUACGCCGUUCCGUUCAAGAAAUCAAAGAAGCUCCAAUGCCAUGACUGGAUCUUUUCAACGGCCUCAAAUACCCAUGUCGCGAUAGACCGGGCCUCUUUCAAGACUUAUGUGUCCUUUACAUCAUACGUGCUCACUGUAUCUGAUCAGCGUCAAGUCGCAGUCCGGGGCAUUGGAUCAGUCGAAAUCAAGAUACGUCGAGCGGCUGGCAGCAAAGAAAUCCACACGAUCCAUCUGGACAAUGUUCUUCAUGUUCCGGAUUGGAUGUGCAACAUCUUCUCCGACAUUUUCUUUACGCCGGAUAAAGACUAUGAGCAUACCUGGACUCGAUUCGGUGUCAACUUUUCAAAGAAAGAGAAAGCCUACUCCAGACCAUGGGGAUAUACCGAAAACUUUUGCGGCCUUGAUCGUCUGGUUCUUUCCAAGCUUCCACAUGGUCGAAGCCCAAUGUUGGAGGAUCCUGAUCGCGAAAUUUUCUCCAUCAGCCUUAACUUUCCACAAAGCCAAAACGACAAAUGGAACAACGCACUUGCUGCUGAAGUGAAGAAAGAAGCAACCAGAUAUGAAAAAUCCCUAUCGAAGAAGCAGAAUUCCCCGAUCAAAGAGUCGGAGAAAGACAACACACCGUCAGAAGACGAGACGAUCAAGAAGAUUUCGCUGGAAGGAAAGUUGAAGAGGGUAAGGAGCAGCACUCUAACCGACGGAGUGAAGUGGAGAUUGAUGCCAGACAUUUCCAUUCUCUCGGCACAUAUGAGAAAUCAAUCGGCGAACAGCUUGAAUGAACUGGAGGGAGACUUUGACUUCCUGAAACGAGUAUCCAGCGUGAACUUUCGACCACAAAGCGUCCGAUAA